AUGGCUGUGUCUGGGGACGAGGGCUGCUGCUCAAGAGCGCCAUGCGCCCAGCACGUCUUCCUCACUCCGGGGAUCAGCUCACGGAGUUUUAAAACCUACGGAGCUGGGUCGCCACAAAAUCCCGCAGCGCCACAACUUGGGGAAACGGUGACGGAGAUGUGGCCACACCGACCAUCUAAAGCGACCCCAACUCUGAUGAAGCCUGGCUGGAAAGACGCGGCUUCCAUCCUGGGAGCCUGGAGGAGAAUCGAGCAGUGGCUAUUGCCUGGGCUUGCCUGGGCUUGUUCAGACAGGACUGCUCCCCUCGGUGACUGCACAGAGUGGGGGCUUUGGGAGACGUUGCCAGAAUCUGGAAGCCAAGGCCGGGGGCUACAAGGGCCCGGGGUCUGCGCACCUGCUCGCCGCGGAGCUCAGGAGUGCGUCCAGACAAACAACUUGACGGAGGAAAGCAAGAGAAAUGUAUUCUCUCGCAGUUCUGCAAGCCAAAAGUUUGAAACACAGCAGCGUCCGCCUGUCUGUUGUCUCUGUGAAGGGAUCCCGCCCCAGCUUCCGAAGUCUGCCUGGGCCUGUGAUCCAGGGUCUGGUGUGGGAGGAAGGCAGAAGCCUGACUAUGAGGACAGAAGGGUCAGAAGCCUAGGCGGACUACCGGAACCUGCCCAGAGGCAGCUGCCCAUGCCUUUGCCCGUGGACAGCGCCGGGCCCUGUGGAUUCCAGGGUCUGGAGUAG